CGUAAUCAAAGUGUUAGGACCCCAAACGGAUCUGAACACUCGAGGUCCACCGGCGGACUGUGUGGAAGAAUUAGAGUUUUUAAAAAAAAAAAAAAAAUGCAGGAAACUGCAACACGUCCAUGUUACAAUACCGCGACAAAAAUAAACGGGAGCGACGUGCAUGAAUACCUUGAAGCAAUUAGCACAGCCUUAGUUAUCAGACCAUUAGAGGCGGCCGAGGAAGACCCUUUUGGGCAAAAUUAGCUUCUUUGAGGCUAAUUGGCUCAUUUGAGGCUAAUUAGCUUGCGCUAACAAGUUUCUCACAAGGAAGAGUUCCAUUCCGGCGUUUCCAUGACGAGACCCUGGAGUUUAAUUUGGUUCGGUCCGACCACCGGCAGGCAACCAGUCAGAGAGCUGCUCGCCCGCCGCAUUCGGGACCCGCUCAUCCCCACGGGACCUUUGACAUUGACCUAUAAGGCCAAGUACGGCGCCACCAAGCCUUCUUGCGGCGGACAGACUGCAGGCUCUCGAGGGACCGUUCGGGUUCCCGAGUAAUCGCGACGUCGUCUACGACGAGAUGUCAGCCGAGAACUCGUCGCACAGCACCUUUGUGUUCUGCGGGUUCCCCGCGCUGGACGAGCGGCGCUGGGUCCUGGCGCCACCGCUGGCCACCACCUCCGUCUUGGCGCUGCUCGGCAACGUACUUUUGGUUUAUGUCAUCGCCAGCGUGGAGCGUCUCCACAGCCCAAUGUACCUGCUGAUAUGCGCCCUGUGCCUGGUGGACCUGCUAGCCGUGGCCGCCAUCAUCCCCAGCACCCUGGUGGGUCUGCUGGUAGACGGGACCCGCGUGUCCCUGGCCGGCUGCCUGGCGCAGAUGUUCGCCACCCACUUCCUGUCGUCGGUGGAGUCCACCCUGCUCAUGGCUAUGGCGCUGGACCGCUACGUGGCCGUGUGCCGCCCGCUGCGCUACAAGCAGCUGGUGGGUCGGCGAGCGCUGGUCACGCUGACGCUCUUCACCUUGGCCCGGAGCGGCGCCGUCAUGGCCACCCUGGUGGGCCUGGCCGGCUCACUGCGCUUCUGCGCUUCUGACGUGAUCCGCCACUGCUACUGCGACCACAUGGCGCUGGUCAGCCUGGCGUGCGGCGACACCGGGCGCAGCGCUGCCGCCGGCGUGGCUGUCAUCGUCUGCUUCGUGGGCGUGGACAUCCCGCUCAUCAUCUUCUCCUACUCCAAGAUCCUCGUCGCCGCGGUGCGGGCGGCGGCCCCCGGGGACGAGCGUCGUAAGGCCUUCCACACGUGCGGCACACACCUGAUGGUGAUGACGGUGUUCUACCUGGUCGGAAGCAUCACCUUCCUGUCGCACAACCUCGGUCUUGCCAUCCCCACCGACGCCAACAGCGCCAUGGGGCUCCUGUACAUCUUGACCCCGGCCGCCGCCAACCCCGUCAUCUACGGGGUCCGCACCGCCGAGAUCAGGAACGGCGUCUGCAGCCUUCUUGGCUUCAGGGACACCACCAAGGCCAAGACCAAGGGCAAGGUCUCGCCCGCCAACGGCGCCCUGUAGAUGUCAAGACGCUCAACUGCUUUAACAAUGAAAAUACUUGUUUUAUUUCAUUCUUUAUAAAUCCCACUUUUGUCUUUUCAGUGAAAGCAAAACGUGUGGCUUUGUGGCGCUGCUGAGUGAAACAAUCAAAGCAACCGAGAAGUGUGCUCAACAGAGAGCUCGUUUGGAGUUUAU